AUGGAAACUUCGCAAAACUCUUUUCUAAUAAAUCAACUACAACUUCAACCAACAGAUGUUUACUCCUUAUCUUCAGAAGAGAUAAAAAUUAAGCUGAAAAGAUUAUUUUUAUAUUAUUCCUGUAUUGGAACAAGAAACAAAACAAGUACCAUUUCGCAUCAAAAGCUCAGCUUACUUUUUGUUGAUGCUGGUAUCCAAGGAAAACUUUUACAUAAAAACACAAUUGAUAUUAUUGUAUCUGGUGAACUUAAAAGAAAUAGAUCUAUACUAUUUCAAAAUUUCUGUGAAAUUUUAACAAAAAUUGCAAAGGCAAUAUUUUCAAAUGAAAACCAAAAUAUUCAGUCUGGAGAGGCUCUAUACAUUUUAUUAGACAAGCAAAUUUUCCCUCUAUAUGACUCUUUAAGAAGCUCAAAUCAUAUUGAAUAUUUUGAACAAAUUGAUUUCAGUUUAGAUAUACGUAAAAUUAAUAGUGAAUAUACUAGGAUGUGGCUUUUGGGUGUGGAGAGCUGCCUAAGAGUUAGGCUAGUCUCGAGGUGGGAGGCCAAGCACAACUUCCGCUGAUUUGCGGCCUGGUCUGAGCAGCAGCUUUUCACAUCUUUUUUGUCAGAUGUCCUGAAGCCCAGGUUCGCUGCUCGAAAGCGCCAAGGUGAACUGCCUACCUAGGCCGCUAGUGACUUCGCCUCAAAUACCGUAAGGUGUUGAGUUCCUUUUCGGAGAUGACCCGGGGAAGGCGAAGCUUGACGAAGAAUUAAAGGGCGUAAGUAUCUAUAGUUUAAAAUUGUCCGGAUCACAAGCGGCGAUCAGACCAGACUAAGCAGAGUUGGGUAAUGCUGGCUGAAAAUGAAGGUUCUUGGCAAAUUCGAACUAUCCGGAUCGGGAAAUAAAUUCCUCUACCGAGAAUCGGGAUUUCGGCACUGACUCAAGCUGACUUGAGAGAGUCCACCCCACAGCGCUCGCUUUGGAAUCCUAGUGUCCAGAAAGUGGGGGCUAUAAAGACAUCACUAAUUUAAUCUAAUCUGAGUUCAGUUUAGAUAACGAUUCUUUAGCAAUAAUUUUCAAUUCAAAAACGGUUUUACUUGAUAUUUAUCAAUCUUACUUUCCUUGGGAAAUUAAAUCAUCUGAAUCAUUCGAUAUUUUAUGCAAAAAAUCUGAAAGAGCUCUAUAUAAAUUUUCAAAUGAAUAUAAUGUAACACCGUUAGUUAUUAACAGAGCACAAUUUUUAAAAAUAUGGCAAGACCUUGUAUAGCCCGUUCCCGGCUAUAGAUCGGGCUAUGCCCGAUCUUUGCCAGGAAACUCGGGGGGUUGUUGUCGUCACUUUAAGGUGAUGAGUCAACUCUCCGAGUUGGCAAAUCACUUAAAUGGUGGCUAUUUGCCAACUCGGGGAGCUGACUCGUCACCUCAAAGUGAAGCAGACAACCCCCCGGGUUUCCCGGCAAAGAUCGGGCAUAGCCCGAUCUAUAGCCGAGAACGGGCUAUAGAAAUCCAAGAAGUGAUACCAUCAUUGUCACUUUUUAUGUGUGAGGAAAUGGGGACAGCUUUUACGUUUAAAAGGUUUUUGCUCUUUUUGUGCAGAUGUGCAGUGAUUGGAAAAUUUCAUGAUAUUCACGUAAAGCUGACUGAAAAAAUUAUUAUGCUGCUCGAAAGAAUGGAAUUAUCACCUGGGUUUCAUACUUUGCAGAUGAAAACCAAUAGACCUUUUAAUGGAAAAACUACAUUUUUAUCAAGCCAAAGAAUAGCUGAUUGUUUAUCCACUAUAGAAAUAGCCGAUCCUUUAUCAAAGUCCCAAACAAUAACUCUUUCACCAAAAAAAAUAGGAUCGAAUCAUACAGAAAAGCUGGAAAAGUUAUAUGAUCAAUACAACAGAGGAGAAUAUUUUGGAAUGGUUGGAAUCACAUCAAAUAAGUUUGUAAAAUUCAUUGAGGUAUUAGGAAUAAUUCAAAGUGAUCAAGGAAGUAAAAUUAAUAAAGAAGAUAUUGAAAUUAUUUAUACUUUAGCGACCAGAAAAAUUUCAAAAAAUAAUACACCUUCAUCCGCUAUAAAUAGAAAAAUAUCAUACGAUGAAGGCUCGAAAAUGAGCUACGAGCAAUUUGAAAUAGCAUUGGAGCUAGUUGCAAGAAAACAUUUUUCUGAUUUGAAACCAGACCAAGCUUUCGACUUAUUUAUGGAAAAUUAUAUUAAAAAAUUUGAUCAAGUCAGUGAGAAUCAGAAAACGUAUGAUAGGAUCAUUAAUUUGCGGGCUUCUCUUGAAGGGGAAGAGCUAAAUAAAAUUUAUAACAUAUGGAAACAAGCAAUCGCAGUAUUUGUUUGCAACUAUUCUGAUAAAGCAAAUCUAUAUGAUUUUAAUGCAUUUUUUAAAUUUACUUCAGAUUUUGGUAUUUUUCCAGAAUUAAUAUCAAAGCAGAAAAUAACUCAUAUUUUUAAUGCUUUAUUAAGUUUUGAGUUGCAAACAGAUACAAUCAAAUUUGAAGGUUUUAUAACUUUAAAUCAUGCUAAUACUUUUACGAUUGGCAGAAAAGUUUUUAUUGAUGGAUUGGCUUUAUGCGCAUUAGAAUCAAAAUUUUCUAAUCAAACCCCAUUUUUAAGACUCCAAGCAACCUUAGAAAAAAUUUUGAAUAGCAAUGGACCUGCGCUUUCUGUAGCAAAAUCUGGGAGAACAAGAACAAAUAAAUUUAAAAUUCCUAGCAAUCUAUUACAACUGAGAGCUAAAGAAGAAGAUGAUCGCAAAGCCAAAACUCUUUCAAUUAGCUUUGACUCAGCAAUCAGCAGCAAACCUUCCAGGAGAUAUGAAUAA